AUGGUACAGAUGAACCUACCUCCAGGAAGGAACAGAGACGCAGACAGAGAGGACAAGUGUGAACACAGAGGAGAGGGGGAGGGUGGGAAAAACUGGGAGAUUAGGAUUGACACAUAUACCUGUGUGCAUUCUAAAUCGUCUCAGCCAUGUCCAACUCUUUGCAACCCAUGGACUGCAGCCCACCAAGCUCCUCUGUCCAUGGGAUUCUCCAGGCAAGAGUACUGGAGUGGAUUGCCUUGCCCUAUUCCAGGGGAUUUUCAGACCCAGGGAUUGAACCCGUGUCUCUUACAUCUCCUGCAUUGGCAGGCGAGUUCUUUGCCAUUAGGCCACUGGAGAAGCCUGACAUAUAUCCACUAA